UCCAUGUAAUGGCAGUUCUGGUUUUAGAAUGUUUAUAGAUCCUUUACUCAAAUUGAGUUUUCAAUGUAACGGAAUAUUAUUUUUUCAAGAGGGUUUUACCGUUAAGUAGAGCAACUGUUGGCCUAUCAUGAGGUACUGAAAAUGGUUUUUGUUUACUUUUGGAGAUAGAUCCUUUUCACGUGUUGGUACAGAAGUCUUCUCGCCGUUUGUUUUUUAAUUUUUUUUUGGAAAUUGUUUGAUUGAAAAACGAGAAUUUAUAAGUGCAGAACUAUAAACAGCGUACAAAAAAGGCAUAUAAUGAAUCCCAUGACCAAUAUGAAAAAUGUGCUCAAACUGAGCGAACAGGAUCUAAAAUAUGGUGGAAAAAAUUCCUGGCACGACCAGUACCGGGACAGCGCUUGGGUCUUUGUCGGCGGUCUUUCGUCGGAUCUGACCGAGGGAGAUCUGUUGGCAGUGUUCAGCCAAUACGGAGAGAUCGUAAACAUCAACCUGGUUCGAGACAAGAAGACGGGCAAAUCGAAGGGCUUCUGUUUCAUCUGCUUCGAAGACCAACGUUCGACGGUACUGACGGUGGACAAUCUCAAUGGGAUUAAGUUGCUGGGGCGGUCGCUUCGGGUCGAUCAUGUUUCAGACUACAAACCACCCAAGGACGACAAGGCCGAUGAGGAAACCAAGAAACUGUAUAUGGAGGGGUGUGCACCGGAGUACAGUUAGCUUAAUGAGAAUGUUCAAAUUCAACAUUUAAAUUUUCCAACAAAUCGUAUUAAAGUAAAUUUGUUGGAGACUGUUUUAUUUUUGUUUAUCUAUCUUUAUUUAAUGGGAGAGUAGGGUCUAACGGGUAAAAAAAACACCAUUUUCACGAAUUUUUUUUAGAGCUAUCGUUAAAACAAAUGUAUUCAAAUUUUUUGCAUUAUAAAUAGCAUUGUUAAAAGAA